AUGAUGCGUCGCUCGAGUCGGCUCGCGACGAGCUUUGCCCGGACGUCCACGUCCACGUCCACGUCCACGUCCACGUCCACGUCCACGUCCACGUCCACGUCCACGUCCACGUCCACGUCCACACUCACGUCCACGUCAACGUCCACACUCACGUCCACGUCCACACUCACGUCCACGCCCACGCCCACGUCCCGCCUCUCGAUAGCCACAUGUCCACACCACACCGCCGCCUUCCGCGCCCACGAAGCCCAUGUCUCGUCACACCACGCUGCGCGGCGGCGGAGCCAGUCGUCGUGGGCCGCCGCUGCACAGGCGGCCAGCGUUGCCCAACACAUCAGGGCCGCGCCGCCCCCCGACGCGCCGCUCAAGAUGGAUCCCUUCCAGACGGUCGCCCGUGAGAUGAAGUUCCUGACGGGCAACAUACGCUCGCUGCUCGGCUCCGGACACCCGACCCUCGACACGGUCGCCAAGUACUACACCCAGAGCGAGGGCAAAUACGUGCGGCCCAUGCUGGUCCUGCUCAUGAGCAGAGCCACGGCAUUGACCCCCAAGGCUGCGCGUCGAGCGAGCGGCAGCAGCUGCGUCGACCACCCCAUCACCAGCCCCUCGACCCUCAACGACGACAACCCGGACGCGAGCCUAUCCAGCCUUGCCCACGACACCGCCUACACCGCAAACGACUCGGACAUCCUCCCCUCGCAGCGCCGCCUCGCCGAGAUCACAGAGCUCAUCCACACCGCCUCCCUCCUCCACGACGAUGUCAUCGACCACUCCGUCGCCCGCCGCGGCGCCGCCUCUGCCAACACCGAGUUUGGCAACAAAAUGGCCGUCCUGGCCGGCGACUUCCUGCUCGGCCGCGCCUCUGUCGCCCUGGCGCGCCUGCGCGAUCCAGAGGUCACCGAGCUGCUCGCCACCGUCAUUGCGAACCUGGUCGAGGGCGAGUUCAUGCAGCUCAAGAACACGGCGCGCGACGAGAAGAAGCCCGUCUGGACAGAGGACACGGUCACGUACUACCUGCAGAAGACGUACCUCAAGUCCGCCUCCCUCAUCUCAAAGUCCUGCCGCGCCGCCGCCGUCCUGGGCGGGAGCACCCCCGACGUCGUCGAGGCUUCCUACCAGUACGGCAAGAACCUCGGCAUGGCCUUCCAGCUCGUCGACGACAUGCUCGACUACACGAUAAGCAGCGAGGAGCUGGGCAAGCCCGGCGGCGCCGAUCUGGAACUCGGCCUCGCCACCGCUCCCUUGCUCUUUGCGUGGAAAGACAACCAGACGCUGGGCCAGCUCGUCGGGCGGAAAUUCAGCCAAAAGGGCGACGCUGACAAGGCCCGCGAAAUCGUCCUCGCCAGCACCGGCCUGCAGCAAACACGCGCCCUCGCCCAAGACUACAUCGACCAGGCCAUUGCCGCCAUCGCGCCCUUUCCCGACAGCGACGCCAAGACGGGCCUCGUGGAAAUGUGCACAAAGGUCCUGCAGCGGAGGAAGUAA